AUGGAGACCGUCGUAGAGGAAAUCGUGCCACCCGAAGAUUUGAAGAAAUUUGAGAGGCUUUACAAUAAAGAGGCUGUUGAGGGAAAAGUGAGCUCCAAGACAACAUUUGAAUAUGCUUGGUGUCUCAUUAGAAGUCGUUAUCUUCGUGAUAUGCAGAAGGGAGUUAUCCUUCUUGAAGAUCUCUAUGUUCAUGGAGACGAUGAAUCACAAAGAGAUUACCUAUUUUAUUUGGCCAUAGGAAAUUACAGACUUAAGGAGUAUACAAAGGCACUGAAUUACAUUAGAGCUAUACUAAAAAAUGAACCCAAGAAUCAUCAAGCUUUGGAAUUAGAAAAACUUAUUAAAAAGAAAAUGAACAGAGAAGGCUUGAUGGGUAUGGCAAUUGUUGGAGGAGCAGCAUUAGCACUUGGUAGUCUGGUUGGCCUUGGUGUGGCAUUAGCAAAGAAAUCAUGAUACUGAUGCUGAUGUAUAUAGUCCUUUACUUAUUUAUGUUUUCCAGAUAGAAUUCUAUCUACUUCUUGCCAGAAUUGGACUAUCAUUUUUGUUUUUUGUCUUUUCGUUUUGUUUAUUGUUCUAUUUAAGAUUUUAGUCGUUAUUCUGCAAGCUUUUCACAUAUAAUAAUUGUUAUGUGUUAGUAUUGAUUGCAGAUCAAGUUGUUUGCCACUGUUAAUGGUCAGAUAUUAUUUACAUUAUCACCUCUGAGUAUUCUAAGUUAACCUACCUAUAGAUGAAUAUAGUAAAACUAGACAUACAUAUAUUAUGUUAUGUACAAACAAUGAAUACUGUAAACAAUACGAGAUAAACUACAAUAGGAUAACUAUAUGUAUAGCAAUGGGUCACAACAUGUAUCUGAUGUGCUUAUUGUGAUCUGCCACAACUAUUUCCAGAGAAUCAGAUUUUUAAGGUAAGGGGAACGUCACCUGUGCAAGGGAUCAUAACAAUGUAUGCUAAAAUCAUAAUCAGAUUUUUAAGCUUUGUCAUUAUAAUAAAAUCACUGUUAAAGUCGUAUAAUCGGUGCCUUGGGCCACAGUCUUCUAGCAUUGUUAAUAUAAUAGGAGAUUCUGUAAGUCUGAAAUCAAUUAAGAUGUUACUGUUGUUUAUUUUGGGAAUUAUCAACAAUGAAACAAGACUGGAAUUUGAAUAAUCUAGAGUGACAGCUAUAUUGUUUAGUUGACCUUACAUGAACUUGUUAAUUAUGCAGCAACAGAUUUUGUUCGUGUGCUCCUAAAAACACAUCUUGCACAAUUUCAACAUACUGUAAAAUACUUUAUUUUUGCUGGGAAUUAAUUUUCGCUGUUUUCGCUAAAGCAAUGAUUCACUGAAGAUGUAUAUUUCACAUUCUUCAGCACUUUUAAGCAAUGAGAAUUAGGAAAGCAGAGAUGAAGCUAUCCUUACUAGAAAUGAUCUACAAUGCUAAUUAUAUAGGGCAGUUUGUUUAAAUUCAGAUUCUGCUCAACAUUGUUAUAUGUUACUAUUAUAAAUUUGGGUUUGGAAGUUAUUUUCUGAAAAUAAAUUAUAUAAUACUUAAC